AUGGCCACUGCCCCGCCUUUCCAGCCGGAAAGACUGCUCUGCGGCUCUCCCGUUUGGCGUUCCUCUCUCAUGCUGCAUGCCCAACCAGUCACCAGAGCACAUCUGGCGUUUCCCAUGGAAACUCCUAUUAUUCUCCCACCCAGUAUCCUCUCUCCAUCUGGUUCAUCUCUCAUGUCUUGCCACAGAUGCUUUUGUCCUGAUGAUCACUCUGGCUGCCAUCACAUCUUGCUGGCAACACCGCUUUUUCCUGGAAUACUUUUAGUCGGCUCUGCGGGGACUGGUCCAGCAGUUUAUUGGCCUAAGGAAAUAAAGAAAAAGACAUCGGCUGCCUCAUUCUUGGAAGACGGGUCUCCUGCUAUUGAGCUAGCAGCUCAGGCUGCUCAGUGCAACCGGCUAAGGGCGGUCAGGAGUACCUACGAGUACACCGUAAAGAAAGAAAGGGUAUCAUCUAAGCUGCUAGCGGGGAUGAUGUCUAUCUUGGAAUGGCGAAGAGGAGAUCAUGAGGACGAUGCAGAUCGUGAGAGCAAGCUGAGUGUCUGGUUCAUAUCUCUGGCUCUAGACCUAGUAAGCCCUGAGUCUGGCCAGUACGAAUCAUCUCGGAAAUACAGAAAAGGCGAUUCAGUCAAGAACACUCUAAUUAUAUCGAUUAAUAUUGCUCUGUUCUUUUGCAGCAACCGGGACCCAUCUUAG